AUGCAGAAGGGAAUACGACUCAAUGAUGGCCACGUUACCUACCUGGGUCUCUUGGCAAAGAAAGAUGGUACGCGGCGGGGUUGUUUGAGCAAAAAGAGCUCAGAUAACACAAAAUGGCAUAGCAAGUGGUUUGCUUUGCUGCAGAACAUGCUAUUUUAUUUCGAGAACGAGUCCAGCUCUCGACCCUCGGGAUUAUACCUGUUGGAGGGCUGCGUCUGUGACAGGUCGCCCUCGCCUAAACCUUCUCAAUCAGCGAAGGAGUGCUUAGAAAAACAGUACUACUUUACGGUCAGCUUCAACCAUGAGAACCAGAAGACUCUGGAGCUGCGCUCAGAAGACCUCAAGGACUGCGACGAAUGGGUGGCAGCAAUAACACAUGCCAGUUACAGGAACCUGGCCACAGAGCAUGAGACGCUCAUGCAGAAGUACCUUCAUCUACUCCAGAUCGUGGAGACGGAGAAAACGGUUGCUAAGCAACUUCGACAACAGAUAGAGGACGGGGAGAUUGAGAUUGAGCGGCUAAAAUCUGAGAUUGCUGGGCUCCUGAAGGACAAUGAGAAGAUCCAGACCAACCCAGCAGCAGCACCCAGCGAUGACGAUUCUGAGAUCAAGAAGAUCAAGAAAGUGCAGAGUUUCCUACGGGGCUGGAUGUGCCGGAGGAAGUGGAAGACCAUCAUCCAGGACUACAUCCGGUCGCCGCAUGCUGAGAGCAUGCGGAAGCGCAACCAGGUGGUGUUCAGCAUGCUGGAGGCCGAGGCGGAGUACGUGCAGCAGCUGCACAUCCUGGUCAACAACUUCCUGCGGCCGCUACGCAUGGCCGCCAGCUCCAAGAAGCCGCCCAUCACCCACGACGACGUCAGUAGCAUCUUCCUCAACAGUGAAACCAUCAUGUUCCUUCAUCAGAUCUUCUACCAAGGCCUGAAGGCCAGAAUAGCAAGCUGGCCAACAUUAGUCCUGGCUGACCUGUUUGACAUCCUGCUGCCCAUGCUGAACAUCUACCAGGAGUUUGUGCGUAACCACCAGUACAGCCUGCAAAUCCUGGCCCACUGCAAGCAGAACCGCGACUUCGACAAGCUACUCAAGCAGUACGAGGCCAAGCCGGACUGUGAGGAGCGCACCCUGGAGACCUUUCUGACGUACCCCAUGUUCCAGAUUCCUCGCUACAUCCUGACACUGCAUGAGCUGCUGGCUCACACACCCCACGAGCACGUGGAGAGGAACAGCCUCGACUACGCCAAGGGCAAACUGGAGGAGCUGUCCAGGAUAAUGCAUGACGAGGUGAGCGAGACGGAGAACAUCCGUAAGAACUUGGCCAUAGAGCGCAUGAUCGUGGAGGGCUGCGAGAUCCUACUGGACACCAGCCAGACCUUCGUCAGACAAGGCUCCCUGAUCCAGGUGCCUCUGAGUGAGAAGGGCAAGAUAACGCGUGGCCGCCUGGGCUCUCUAUCCCUGAAGAAGGAGGGCGAGCGCCAGUGCUUCCUCUUCUCCAAACACCUCAUCAUCUGCACGCGCGGCUCCGGCGGCAAGCUGCACCUCACCAAGAACGGGGUGGUCUCCCUGAUCGACUGCACGCUGAUAGAGGAUCCAGAGGGCACGGAUGAUGAGGCUAAGUCGGACAGGAGUGGUCAGGACAUGGAGCACCUGGACUUCAAGAUGUUGGUGGAGCCCAAGGACAGCCAGGCCUUCACCGUCAUCCUGGUGGCCUCCUCGCGACAGGAGAAGUCAGCCUGGACCAGCGACAUCAGCCAGUGCAUUGACAACAUCCGCUGUAAUGGGCUAAUGAUGAACGCCUUCGAGGAGAACUCCAAAGUUACCGUGCCACAGAUGAUCAAGUCCGACGCCAGCCUGUACUGUGACGACGUGGACAUCCGCUUCAGCAAGAUGAUGAACUCGUGUAAGGUGCUGCAGAUCCGCUACGCCAGCGUGGAGAGGCUCCUGGAGCGGCUGACGGACCUGCGCUUCCUCUCCAUCGACUUCCUCAACACCUUCCUGCAUUCCUACCGGGUGUUCACCACCGCCGACGUGGUGCUGGACAAGCUCAUCGCCAUCUACAAGAGACCCAUCAGCGCCAUACCUGCCAGGUCACUGGAGCUCUUCUUCGCCAGCAGCCAGAACAACAAGCUGCUGUACGGCGAGCCUCCCAAGUCGCCGCGCGCCAGCCGCAAGUUCUCCUCCCCUCCUCCGCUGGCCAUCGCCAAGACGUCCUCGCCCAACCGGCGCCGCAAGCUCUCCCUGAACAUCCCCAUCAUCACGGGGGGCAAGGCCCUGGACCUGGCCGCCCUCAGCUGUUCCUCCUCCAACGGCUAUGCAAGCAUGUACUCCUCCAUGUCCCCCUUCAGCAAGACCACGCUGGACAUCAACAAGCUCUACGUCUCCAGCCCCAUCUCCAGCAAGAUCCCCGACGAGGCCGAGGGCAAGGAGGGGAAGGAUGGGAAGGAGGGGAAGGGGGACGGCAAGGCGGAGGAGACGGCCACCGGGGCCACCGGGGCUGGCGUACGAGAGGAGAGUGAUACCGAUCAGAUCCCGAGCGAUGAUGCCGAAGCUGAGGCAUCUCCAACCAAGUCCCCAACCACACCCAAAAACAUCAAGUGCAAGAACUCAGAGUUCUCCCUGUUCUCCUACAACAACGGCAUGGUGAUGUCAUCUUGUCGUGAGCUGGACAACAGCAACCGCAGUGCCCUAUCAGCAGCUUCCGCCUUCGCCAUCGCCACCGCGGGAGCCAAUGAGGGCACGCCGACCAAGGAGAAGUACCGACGCAUGUCAUUGGCCAGCACAGGCUUCCCCACGGACCAGAGGAAUGGAGACAAGGAAUUCGUCAUUCGCCGAGCUGCAACUAACAGAGUCUUGAAUGUGCUGAGACACUGGGUGUCCAAACACGCACAGGACUUUGAGAGCAACACUGAGUUGAAGAUGAAGGUGAUCAGCUUCCUGGAGGAGGUCAUGCACGAUCCAGAGCUGCUCACACAGGAGAGGAAGGCUGCUGCCAACAUCAUCAGGACCCUGACACAAGAGGAUCCUGGUGACAGCCAGAUCACCCUUGAAGAGAUCAUUCAGAUGGCAGCAGAGGGAGGGAAGGCAGAGGCCUUUGAGUGUCACUCUGCGCUAGAGAUCGCAGAGCAGCUCACCCUGUUGGAUCACCUAGUCUUCAAGGUCAUCCCCUACGAAGAGUUCUUUGGCCAAGGCUGGAUGAAGAAUGACAAAAACGAGAAGACACCUUACAUCAUGAAAACUACAAAACAUUUCAACGACAUAAGCAACUUGAUCGCGACAGAGAUCCUGCGUUGUGACGACGUGAUCACACGCGUGGCGGUGAUGGAGAAGUGGGUGGCGGUGGCCGACAUCUGCCGCUGUCUCCAUAACUACAACGCCGUCCUGGAGAUCACCUCCGCACUCAAUCGCAGCUCCGUCUUCAGGCUGAAAAAGACCUGGCUCAAGGUCUCCAAACAGACUAAAGCCGUGAUAGACAAGCUCCAGAAGCUGGUUUCAUCUGAGGGACGCUUCAAAAACCUGCGGGAGGCUCUGAAGAACUGUGACCCUCCGUGCGUGCCAUAUUUGGGCAUGUACCUGGCUGACCUAGCCUUCAUUGAGGAGGGCACCCCCAACUACACAGAGGACAACCUUGUUAACUUCUCCAAGAUGAGAAUGAUCUCGCAUAUCAUCAGAGAGAUUCGGCAGUUCCAGCAAACAGCCUACAAAAUUGAUCAUCAGCCAAAGGCGUGCCAGUAUCUGCUGGACAUCAGCUGUGUGCUGGAUGAGGAGAGCCUGUACGACGCGUCUCUCAGGAUCGAGCCCAAGGUGCCCAACUGAGACCAGACCGGACCAGACCAGAGCAGACCACGCUUCUUCUUCACUCACUGCACGCACCGCAAACAGAACAGUGUACAGAAAACUAUAUCAUAUACGUAUACAAUAACUUGUGUUAGGUAAUGUACUACAUAUUAACUCUUGUAUGUGUCCUUGUUUUAGAAGAUGUGGGGGAGGUGCGGGAGGGGAGGGGUAUCCAGAUGUUAGCAGUUUGAGUAUGGAAGCUCCUCUCACCUGUUUCAUCUGUUGGUGAAGAUGUGUUAUGCCUUUCUCUCUCUCCCUCCCCCCGCCUGUCUUGGCAAAAAAAAAAAAAAAAACUUUGAACGAAAACAAAGCCUCCUUGGUAGGGGUAAAAUGAAACACAGCAAAAAGACAAAUUCUAGGUUUUACAAGAGUGGCAGGCAGUUGCUAUUUUAGAAUUUAGGAUGGUCGUGUUCAAAAGGUACUGUACCACUCUAUUGCAACUCCAACUGAUUGAUCUCCACCUUUACCUGAAGGGAAUGUUUGCACUUCCUGCAUGGUCGUACGAGCGGACUGCACAGCCCGCCUGCAGAGCAGAAGUCUACUGUACCCGUCGUGUGUAUACUAUGUGCAUCCUAUGUAGCAAUGCUAUGAUUUGAUGAACUUGUCCAUAGCACAAAGAGAAACCAAUGGAACAAUCAUUCUACAGCCAACAAGAAAGACUUCAAACAAGCCUUUAAACUAACACAACUUUCUUUGCUUUGUUUUGUACAGUACAAAAAAAAGGUUGUCCCUUCAAAUCACUUUCCAACCUGGGAAGUGUACAGCUGACAGGAGCUGUGAAAACAUUUAGCCCGAGUUUCCUAGAAGCAUGCCGUCUCUUAAUGUGAACAAUGUAAAACUCCGAUACUGAUGUCCAGAUCCCCAUCCAAUGCCCUACCGUCUGAGAUUAUAGUAUAGUCUGUCUGAAGGGGACAGCUGUUGGGAAGUGACGUUGCAUGAGAUAUACUUUAUCACCCUACGCUCACCAAAGGGAGGAAAAUAUGCUGCAGAAAAUAGACGUGUCUUCAGACACCUUUUUGUGAUUAACUAUUGAGAUUAGUCGUAAAAUUGGGUUUCACCAUUGGUUUUGCUCACUUUCUUUCAUGCCCUAUGAAAAAAAAGAUAAAUUCAGAAAAUGCGUUAUGUAAACACGCUCAAUUGCAGAGUGAUUGUUUUUUGGCCAAACUGUAUCGCUCCAUAACAAAGUUAUAUAGCUAUUGUAAAAAAAAGACAAUCUUUGUCCUUGCUGUUCCAGUGACUGUGGAACGUGACUCUAUAUCCCUUUGUAAAAUGCAUUGUCGUUUAAGAGUAUGAACAAAACUAAGGGAAUGAACUGUUUUCGCCUGCAGCAAAACACAAAGGGUAUUUUUGUAGACUUAGAACAAAGGGAACAGAAUUCUGCAUCCUGACCAGAAAAUGACAAAAAAAAAGUAUUUUGUACAAAUGCUGUCAUCACCAAACGAAGAUGUAUUCUGUAUAUUUUGUACAUGUAGCCCUACAUAUUUCUUAUUGUGCCCCCAUGUAAAGCACACCUCUUUAAAACGUAUCCUAAGCUUACACACUCAAAUGCUAUAUGAUUUGUGAUUUUCAACCAUGAGCUAGAGGUAUAGACGACAACUUCAAAGUGUUUUUGCAUAUACUGUAAUCCUGUCUAUAAUCAUUCUCUUAGCAGGACUAUAGUAAUGUAGUGCUUAUUCUGUGAAUAUCUGUAUGUAUUUUUACAAUGUACAGUCUAGAAACACCAACAACGCUCACGUGGCAGGCAUGCAAACACUGUACCAGCCAGAAUCUUUGAAAUGACACAAUAUAGAGAUAUAAUCUAUACAUACUGUAUACACAUCUACGUGCACAUACUCUUAUAAAUGAUAUAUAAACAACAUACAAACAAACGUUUUGCUGUUAGCAAUACCCAGUGGUAUGAGAAUUAUCUUUCAACCCUUAAGUUUAUUUCCACGGCUUGAGAAACUAUUUCCAGUUUUGUAAGAAAAAACAUAUUUAAAAAUAACUAUUGUAUGUUUCCUUAUUACCUCUUGCUAAUAAAUCUAUUCUAUCUCAGGGGGA